AUGGCGGAAUCCAAUUCCUUGUCCGAGGUGACGGAGUCGUCGCCCAACGACAACGACACGAAUGUCACCAAGCCUGUCUCUCGCCUCACGAGAUGGUUCCGCAGUCCGCUGUUCAACGUCAUCAUCGUCGGAUUCAUCUCCUUUACCCAGCCGGGCAUCUGGAAUGCGCUCAACAGUACCGGCGCCGGUGGCCAGCAGGAGCCUUAUCUGGUUAACGGAGCCAACUCUCUGACAUUCGGCAUCAUGGUGUUCGGCUGCUCCAUCUUCUCCAUGGUAGCCAACAAGAUUGGCAUCAACAAGGUCCUCAUCAUCGGCACCCUAGGCUACGCACCCUACUCGGCAGCUCUGUACGUCAACAACCGCUACGGAACCGAGUGGUUUGUCCUGUUUGGCGGGGCUACAUGCGGCAUCGCUGCCUCGGCCCUGUGGGCGUCCGAGGGUGCUAUUGCCCUCGGAUACGGAGACGUCAGAAAUCGCGGAAAGUACACCGGAAUAUGGCUCGGACUCCGCGAACUAGGCCAGCUCCUCGGCUCGUCCAUCCAGCUCUCCCUCAAUGUCAAGGACGGAAACCGCGGCAAGGUAUCGUACACGACGUACCUGGUCCUCAUCAGCCUACAGUGUCUCGGCCUCCCGCUCUCCCUCCUCAUCUCGCCCCCCGAGAAGAUCAUCCGCUCAGACGGAUCCAUGAUGGGCAACGCUGCCAUUGCUAGCAGGGAGAAGACGGUCAAGGCGACGCUGAAGAGCAUGUGGGCACUACUCAAGAGGAAGCAGAUGUUCCUGUUGAUUCCCGUCAUGGUGGGUUUCAACUGGAAUUCUACAUACCUGGGAAUCUAUCAGACAGCAUACUUCUCCGUCCGUGCCAGGACCCUAAGCUCCCUCGUCUCAGGCAUAGUAGCCACUAUGGCCAACAUCAUCUGGGGAUGGGUCUUUGACCUCAAGCGCUUCAGCCGUCCCGUCCUCGCCAAGUUCGCCUGGGGCUUCUCUGCAACCACCAUGCUGGGCCUGAUGAGCUGGCAGAUUGCCAAUGAGAAGUACUACGCCGACGCCGUUCCGGCCGUGACUCUCGACUGGGCGAACUCCGGGUUCGGAAGGGGAUUCGCAAGCAUGGUCCUAAUCAGAUUCUUCAACGAGUCCCACUACAUGUUCAUCUAUUGGAUUAUAGGCGCCUUCUUCGACGACCUGGAGACGCUGACGCUGGCCGUGGGGAUGGUCCGAUCCUUCGAAUCACUCGGAUCAACCGUGGCUUUCGGCAUCGGCGCCGCUAAGGUGUCGCCCAUGGCCAACCUCGUCGUUGCGUUUGUCCUGCUCUGCAUCACCAUUCCGACGACUACGCUUGCCGUGCUCCUGGUUCCCGAGAGGCCGGAGCAGACGAAGCUCAUCGAGGAGACGGAGGAGGACGAGCCGGCUGUUGAGACCAUCACCGAGUCCACGGGCGUUGAUUCCAAGGGAUCGACAGCUUAG